CCGCGCCUCGUCGCGGUCAUGGACGCGGACGUCCCGACGUACGACGAUGAGGGUGGUCGCCAGCGCUCCCCCGAACCCGACGUCGACGUCCGGGACGCCCCCGUCGACGCGAACGCGCCGCGCGACCCGUCGUCGACGGCGCCGCCGCGACCCGCCGACGAGGUCGAUUCGACGACGAUAACCACCGAUGACGCCCGUUUCUUGAUCGGCGCCAAGGGCGCGACGAAGCGUAAGCUCAUGCGCGUCUCCGGCGCGCGGCUGGAGAUCACCGCGAUCGAGGGCGACGCCGCGGAGGGGCAGAGACUGGACAUUUCGGGGAGCGCCGAGGCGCGCGCGAAGGCGAAGCGAUACGUGGAGUGGGUGCUGCGACAGCGAGUGGGGAAGAUAAUCGUCGAUACGUCGACGGUGAUGGAGGAUGUGAGCGUGAUGGAAGUGCCCGGGGAUUGCACGGCGUACGUCACGGGGAAGGCGGGUCAAGGUUUGCGAAGGAUUGAAGCCGACAACGGGACGCUGCUGUUCUUUGGCAAGCCGACGACGGAUCCCGAGGACGCGCCGGAGAAGUUGAUUAUAUGCGGGGAUAGGAAAGGCAGGCGAGGAAGCGAACUUCAAGUGAUGAGUUCUAUCGAGCGUAAGAUUCCUGGGACGUUCGUGGACGAGGAGAAGAAGCUGAAGAUUAGGUUUGAGCAGCCGGGAGACGGUUUGGGAGACGGCUGGGGUUUCGACGUGUGGCCGUUCGCGAACGAGGAAGAGUUGAGUUUCGCGGUGGGGCGUGAGGGAUCGACGCGAAGGAAAAUCGCGAAGGCGUCCGGGUGCUCGUUUGAGUACGUCGGCAUGCUCGGCAUCAUGACUGGCGAUCGCGACGAACGCGCGAGAUGUUGGGACUACAUUCGAUGGUUGUUGAAGCAACAGAAAGGGACGUUAGGAACGGAUAUUUCGUUUAAAGAUCGCAACGAUGUCACCGUUUUCCCGUGUAAAUCUGGCUUCGGCGGCAUCAGCCGUAUCUACGGCACAGGCGGCGCCACGCUCCGGCUCAUCGAACAAAACACUGGAACGUUUUGCUUCAACAUACCCGAUCCGGAUGAUGAGCCAGAGAAAGAACUAGUGCUCAUUUUCAGUCACGAUAAGGGCGCGCGUGGGCGGGCUAGAGACGCCAUGCGCGACGUCUUGAACGGCCAUCGAGUAUCGGCGAACGGCGGGAACGGCGGCCAGCAACGGUGCUACGACUUUAGCGUCGGUCGAUGCCGACGCGGUAAUAGCUGCAAGUGGGCGCACAUCGUUCCACCCGGCCCGCCGGGUCCAUCGCGAGGAGGCGAUAGAGGGCGAGGAGGCGAUAGAGGGCGAGGAGGACCGAGUCGUGGAGGAGGUCCGCGCCGCGACGACAGAAAACCGUACAGUCGCCUCAACGAUACCUGGGGAGCGAUGGCGGACAGAUUAGGAUGAAAACGUAUUAUUACGCUGUG